GGGGCCGGGGCGGGCGCGGGCGCGGGCGCGGGGGCGGCAUGAGGGGCCGCGGCCCGGGGGGCUGAGCGCCCGCCGCUGCGGGCCCGCGCGCGUCCUCAUGGAGGCCGGAGAGGAGCCGCUGCUGCUGGCCGAGCUCAAGCCCGGGCGCCCACACCAGUUUGACUGGAAGUCCAGCUGCGAGACCUGGAGCGUGGCCUUCUCCCCCGACGGCUGCUGGUUCGCCUGGUCCCAGGGCCACUGCAUCGUCAAGCUCAUCCCCUGGCCGCUCGAGGAGCAUUUCAUCCCGAAAGGGUUUGAAGCCAAAAGCCGGAGCAAAAGUGAUUCGAAAGGGCGCGGCAGCCCCAAGGAGAAGACCCUGGACUGCGGCCAGAUCGUCUGGGGCCUGGCCUUCAGCCCCUGGCCCUCUCCCCCGAGCCGGAAGCUCUGGGCACGUCACCAGGCCCAGGGCCCCGACGCCGCCUGCCUGAUCCUCGCCACGGGCCUCAAUGACGGGCAGAUCAAGAUCUGGGAGGUGCAGACCGGCCUCCUGCUCCUCAACCUUUCCGGUCACCUGGACGUGGUGCGGGACCUGAGCUUCACGCCCAGCGGCAAUUUGAUUCUGGUCUCCGCGUCCCGGGAUAAGACCCUGCGCAUCUGGGACCUGAACAAACAUGGGAAACAGAUCCAGGUGCUGUCCGGCCACCUGCAGUGGGUGUACUGCUGCUCCAUCUCCCCGGACUGCAGCAUGCUCUGCUCGGCCGCGGGCGAGAAGUCGGUCCUGCUCUGGAGCAUGAGGUCCUACACGCUGAUCCGGAAGCUGGAGGGUCACCAGAGCAGUGUUGUCUCCUGCGACUUCUCCCCUGACUCUGCCUUGCUGGUCACGGCCUCAUAUGACACCAACGUCAUCAUGUGGGACCCCUACACCGGCGAGAGGCUGAGGGCACUCCACCACACCCAGCUCGACCCGGCCAUGGACGACAGCGAUGUCCACCUGAGCGCCCUGCGGUCCGUGUGCUUCUCUCCCGAAGGCUUGUACCUCGCCACGGUGGCAGAUGACAGGCUGCUCAGGAUCUGGGCCCUGGAGCUGAAAGCGCCCGUUGCCCUGGCGCCCAUGACCAACGGGCUCUGCUGCACAUUCUUCCCGCACGGCGGGGUCAUCGCCACGGGGACGAGGGACGGCCACGUCCAGUUCUGGACGGCCCCCCGGGUCCUGUCGUCGCUGAAGCACUUAUGCCGGAAGGCCCUGCGGAGCUUCCUCACCACGUACCAAGUGCUCGCACUGCCGAUCCCCAAGAAGAUGAAAGAGUUCCUCACCUACAGGACUUUCUGAGCCCGCGGCCCGGCUCGCU